CUCGGAUUAACUAACCUUCUGGCUUUUAUUGUUUGCCAACUCUUGUAAUGUUUCUUCAUUUGCGUAUUAAGAAGAAAAAUAAAUUUUGGCAAUAUACAAGUAAAUUGACAAGGGUUCAAAAAAUGAUUAAUUGUACUAUACCCUAAGAAAAUCUGCAGACCUUCUCAUGUAGAUUUCAAGUCUGUGUUGAGAAGUUGAGCGAAGAUUCCCAUUUUGCGCUAGUCCUCUGUUUUUAUCUGAAGAUUCUGUAAAGUUGGUGCAAAUAAGAUGAAAGCACGUAGUUCUUCUGUGACUGCGACUGCGAAGAGUUUCGGAACCAGACUACUCGAUCUUUUGAAGAAAACGAGUAUAGAGCCGUACAUGUUUCUGGUAAUGUUCGCUCUCAACGUAAGCCAUGUUACACUCCAGAGUCUGUUACACGACAGAGCUUGCAGAGUAUCCCUGAAUUUUUCCAGUGAAAUAUGCAAUGAUUUAGAAAACGAAGAAAAUGAACGAGAACAGCUCGCCGCCGUAUCCUACGGCAAUAAUUUAUAUACUGCGGUACUUAUGAUAGCUACUCUGCCUUCUGUUGUGAUGGCAACGUUUUUGGGACCGUGGAGUGACAAGUAUAACAGGAAGUAUCCUCUCAUCCUGGCAACAAUAGGAACAGUAAUAGAUUUCUUCAUGCAAGCAGUCAUUGCUUAUUUUCCAACAGCUUCGCCAUACUGGUUCUUGGCAAGUGCUUCUGUGUCUGGUUUAUCGGGUGGCAUCGUAAUUAUCAUGUCAUCGACAUACAGCUACAUGUCUGACAUUACUAAUGAAAGGUCCAGGCAAAGUCGCUUUGCCGUUCUGGAAUUCUUUUCUAUAAUGUCUGGACCUCUAGGAUCUUUUAUAGGCGGUCAGGUUUUUGAAAAGGGCGGUUACCUGCCUGUCAUGUUCAUAUCUCCAGGAAGUUUGUUUUUAGCUUUGAUGUGGGCAAUAUUUUAUGUCAAGGAGACAAAAGAAAGACAAAAAGGAGUUACUAUGAAGGAAAUGUUCAUGGACCUCUUUCGUUUCGAUAACAUAAAAGAGAGUUUUAGAACCUGCAUGAAGAAAAGAUCUGGAAACUUCAGGCUACAAAUAUGGUUACUUCUGUUCAUUGGAUUUUCUACUCGCCUAACUGAAAUGGGUGCAUUGUCUAUAGGUUUUUCCUACACCAGGAAAGUAUUUAAAUGGACGGUAACGCAGUAUUCGAAUAUGAACACCAUUAUGAUUCUUCUGAAAGCCGCAGCAACGUUAGGAGUGGUACCUUAUUUAAACCAGAAAUUAUUAGUACAUGAAGCAGCCGUUGGCCUAAUAGGAAUCCUGUCUCUGAUGUUUACAAUGACGCUUAUGUCUGUAACAGUAAGCGAAUGGCUCGUUUAUUAUGCAUGGUUUGGUGGCAUGCUGAUUGCUUGUGGAAAUAUCGCUGUUCGGUCAAGAAUAUCGAAAUUAGUCAAUCGAAUGGAAUUGGGACGUGUAUUUUCGCUUUUGGCCACAUGUGAGGCAUUAACUCCUGUCCUUGGAACUACCUGCAUGUUGCAACUCUACAACUGGUCGGCUUCUUUCUACCCAGGUUUACCAUACGCGAUUGCAGCCGUGUUCCUCAUACCUUCUGCUCUAAUUUUUAUCUGGAUGAUGGGUCUGCCAACAAUGUCUUUUACUCAGUACGAAGAAAACGAAGCCACAAGAAUGAAGGAAAUGGAAGAGAGAUGUACUAGGAAUGUAACGUAAACAUGCAACUGAAAAGACAAAUGAGCAACAUUCGUAUUUGGCUGUGUAUUAACAGAAUGAAUUAUUAGAAAUACUUUAAAAAGAAUAUUAUGAAGUUCUGGGCUUACGAGAAUCAAAGGACCUUAAAGCUAGAGUUAAAUGUUAAUUUCAGAAACUAUGACUUUAUGCACGUAUAAGUCACGUAGUCAUCCAAGAUCAAGCUUUUGAAGCUACCCUAUAACGGUAUUCAUCACCAUUCACAUCUUAAACAGCAAUGAUACAUGAAUUUAUUUCGAUUCUGAAAUAUUUGUGUAUAGAUCAGUUGAUCAGACUUUAUAGCUGUUAUGAAAAGCUUCAAUAUAUUUGUCAUAUUAAGAAAUCAAUAAAGAACAUUUAAUGCAUCAAAUAUUUUUAAAAGAAUGUACCAUGCAUGACGUUUCGGAUAGAUGCUCGUGUGCAAUUAAUUUCACUUAGGCUAAUAAUAGCCUUAAUAUUUGUAUUGGAAUUCUAAGUAAUCCAACCAGCGCUUUUAUUUUUUGUAUUUAAGUCAGAUGUUUAUUAAUCAAUGUAGUAAAAUUUAAUUAUUUUCAUUUUUUCUAAUUUCUGUUGAACAAAUAAGAAUAAAUUUGUAAAACAGGUCAA